UUCCAGCAGGGUGACCACAUUGAUAACAUCCUGACACGGCAGGGUGAGAAGCAGCUCUGAGCCCACCUUCCUACAGCUGGCUGCACUCAGAUGUGGGUGCUUCUAUUCACAAGUUAGGGGUUGUUCUAGAAGCUGUGGGCGUUGUAUGAAGCGAAGUGUGAAGUCAGAACCUCUGUUUAUAAAUCUUUCCCCACUCUCCUAAUCAGUUGCUGGGGAGAGGGAGCUACUUUCAUUUAGUAAACAGCUGGUGUAGCUGGAAGGUAACAGGCCAAGUUGUGGCACGCAGCACUUUUAACUCAUCAGUUGAGUUAAAUUGAGAAGAUCAGCUGAAAAGUCUUUGAAGAUGCAGUGGACGUCCCCUCUCGCAUUUGUGCAUCUCUUACUUCUGCUUCUCCCAUUCUUCCCUGGCCAAAAUGGUAAAGAAAAUGUAUUUACUGAAUGGCCAGCAGACAUUAUCAGUGUUUGGGAAGGAGACUCCAUUAACAUAACUUGUUCAAAGAACAGUUCAGAAAAUGAAGUGGGGACAUACUUGAAGACUAGCAGACCGCCAGCCAAUAUUGUAUACAUUUCCAGCAGGAACACCUCAUUUAUACAUCCGAAUUUUACUAAUCGCAUCACGUAUUUAAAUGAAGGACCCAAUCUCACCAUCACUGUGCACAACGUACGGGAAUCUGACUCAAAUACCUACCUGUGCACCAGCUAUAUAACAAAAAACGACCGUCACAUCAAGCGAGAGUGGAUGUCGGUCACUGUGGUCGUGAAAGCUAAAACCAAUGGGGUCAUUGAACAGUCACCACUGUCUGCCCGUGCUCAACAAGGAGAGUCUAUCAGCAUUACCUGUGUGUUGAAAAGCUCGUUUGAAGAUGAAUGGAUCGUGUUGCUCAAGACUCACAUGCAACCUGAAAAAGUGUUCUAUGUAUCGAGUCAGAACACUACAACUAUUUUUCCCACUUUUGCUAAUCGCCUGGAGUAUUCAAAGCAAGAGAAGAAACUAGUGAUAACUCUGCACAACCUACAGGAAAAUGACACUGACGUAUACGUAUGUGCUGCAGGGCUGAAAAAUUCCUCUCUCUUUGUCAAUGAAAGUGGCACCAUGGUGCUGGUUAAAGGUGGGAAGCAGACAGAAUGCAGUAUCGGUUCCUUGGCCAUCUACACUCCUACCAUUGUGGUAGGAGUGCUGCUAUUAUCUACAGUGAUUUUCUACAUCUUGAACCGUGUCAAUGUGAAGAAAUUUUUCCAGAAAAAGAAAACAAAUGUAGUGUAUGAAGACAUGUCUUUCAGUUCUAGAAGCAACACCUUAGUCAGAACUAACACUUACUCAACUGACAAUUAAGCUGCUGUGAGCUGAUACCACACGUGGAUCGACUGUUCCUUUUCAGGUGUCUCCAAGAGCUGCCUUAGCAACUUGAUGUAGUAGUUGAACAAGAAAUGCUAUUACCUACCCUCUUUAGCAGAAGGAAAAAUCUGCCUUAUUUCCAAAGCUGUUUUUACUUGUUUUGACUGCUUGUGAAAUACCUCUUACUUUUUCAUGUAUAGAAAAGAUGCAGACACAUGUAUUUGCACAUAUAUUUGCAGCACGGUGUGGGAAGCAGAAUUUUUGGAGUGUGCAUUUGGCUGUAGGCAAUAUGUGAGAUUGUUUCUUAGACUGAUAGGUAACCGUUAUGGGGAAGUUGUGAUGGUUUGAGAAGUCUGGUUCUGAGCUCAGGAAGACCAUAAGACCAUAAGAGGUUUGAUUAAUAGUAUGCAAUAGAUUCACUUAUGAAUGGAGUAUGGCUUUCAUAAAUGUCUGUGUGAGUCUGCUCAAGAGCUCUGGUAGAUAAAACUACUCACAAGUUAAAGCGAAUUCUGAAGAGAAUUCAGAAACUUGGGAACAGAGUACAUUAGGAGUGAAGGGCUGGAUAUGUAUGGGUUUAGCUCUUCAGAGAUCAGAAUGGUCCAAUAAAAUUGCACUCAGUUGUAGCUAUUAAAUUAGUGACCUUGUUGGAGAUAUGGACUGUGUCGACAUGCAAAGUGCUUAGACUUGGUGCAUGAUGUCUUGGUAGGAAAGCAGAAAUAUGUGAUUUGCUGGUGUUGCCUCAAAUCAAGAUGCCUUAAAAAUGACACCGCAGAUUGUAAUUCUCCAGGCUGGUGACUUUAGAUGGUAAAAUAUAGGGUUAACUAAUCUGGGAUAAAAGUAAUGCCAGCAUCCCAGCCUGGGCACAGCUGAGUCUGAUCCAAAAUCACUCUUAAGGGAGAGUUUAGCAAAAAACUUUCAUCAGCUGUACAUUUUAGUUGGUAAUGGCUUGGAACCCUUAUGGAUAAGCACAGGUCUCCACAGCUGAGGAAAGGUAACAGUUGUCCUCAGGAGCAUUGGGUUUUGGGGAGUUGGGUCAACAGUGCAAAGGACAGUUUACAAUUUUGCAUGCCCAGAAGAAUAUCAAACUGCCUGAGUAAGAGGCAGGAUUGACAGGAGUGCCUUGUGGCAUCUGAGGACAGGCUAGAACUAGGGUCUUUCUUUACUGAUGUGUCUGUUUCUUUUUUGAGGGACAAGGGUUGGUUUGCCAUUCACAAAUGUGCUUAGCUGGUGCUGAACGAGGCACACGAGGUCUUCCAUGACAAGCCUGCUGCUUGGGAAAGGUCAUUUCCUUUAAACGUCACUCGUGAAAUGCUGUGCACCAGAUCCAAGGGGGAAAUCUGUUCAUCCAAAUGUCUGGUGGGUCUGGAUUUCCCUUGGUGCAGAGGAGUGUCUGUUGACUGCAGAUCCUGCAAUUGUCACGUGGAUAAACUGAUGCUUCCGAUCUGCGCCCCGGGGUUUUACAGUUACCUGUUACUUUUGUACGUGCAUUAAGGACUGUUUUAUGUAUUUUGAAAAUGAAUGCUAGAUAAUUAAUGGACUGUUUUGUGUAGAUUAUAAUUUAAAAUAAAGUGGAACAAAGGGGUUUUUUGUUUUUUGUUUUAAAUUUUCACCUACCAGCACUUCAAAUAAAGCAUGAUAACCAUUUUCCUCUUUA